AUGUCGACCGACGUGAACCUUCCCCAGCCACCGUCAUACUAUGAAAGUGGGUUUAAUCUCAUCCGUGACUCGGCCCCAGCCAAUUUUGUCAGCCACUUACUCCACGAUGACUAUAAUGAGGAAGAGCAUGUGGAGCACUUCACAUAUAAGCAGCAGCUUGAAAGAAAGCUUACGGUGCUUUCCAUCAUAGGCCUUGGGUUUACUUUGGUUGGUGUGCCUUUUGGCUUAUCAUCCACGUUGUGGAUCCUGUUGGUGGAUGGUGGUAACGUCACCAUGCUCUAUGGGUGGCUCGUUGUGGGUUUCUUCAGUAUAUGUGUUGUCUUGAGUCUUAGUGAGAUCAUUUCCAAGUAUCCUACUUCGGGUGGUGUUUACCAUUUCAGUGCCAUUUUGAGUAAUGAGAAGUACUCUUCUGUCAGCUCAUGGUUCACUGGUUGGUUUCUUCUUAUUGGCAACUGGACAUAUGCUGUCAGCAUCAUGUUUUCAGGUUCCCAGUUUAUCCUUUCCAUUUUUGGUCUUAAGGAUGUGUACUAUAAAGAGGAUACUCUCUACGUCCUCAGCGUUUACUUCAUCAUUCUUACAUUUGUUGGUUUUGUCAACUUCAAGUUUUCUGGCUACUUGGACCACAUUAAUAAGAUGUGCAUCAUCUGGUCCAUCGGUACUGUCGUCCUCAUUGACGUCUUUCUUCUUAUUUUCUCCAAAAGAACAAACUCGGCUUCCCAUACACUUACAAAUUUCGAUAACUCCCGGUCUGGAUGGCCAGACCCCAUUGCAUUCAUGGUUGGACUUCAAAGUUCUUCGUUUACGCUUACUGGUUACGGUAUGUUGUUCUCCAUGACUGAUGAGGUGAAGAACCCUGAGCGUAAUAUGCCCCGUGGUGCUGUUAGUGCCAUCUGCAUGGCUGUAUUGCAAGGUUUGAUGUUCAUUGUUCCUAUUCUUGUCAUCUUGCCUGCGCUCACCGUUUUACUUGACGAUACGCCUGAAAUCAUGCCUAUCGAUUUGAUCUUCAAGACUGCUACACAGUCCUAUGUUGUUUCGUUUUUGUUGAUUCUUCUUCUUGUGGGAACAGUGUUGUUUCAGGCUAUUGGUUCCAUCACAACCGCUUCUAGAUCCACAUAUGCAUUUGCCAGAGAUGGAGGUUUACCGUUUAAGGCCAUAUGGACAGAAGUUGGUUCAGUGGAAGAUACGAUCGUGCCUAAGAAUGCUCUUUUCUUGUCGAUGGGUGUAUGCGGCGUCUUUUCGCUUUUGGCACUUGUGUCCCCAUCUGCGUUUAAUGCGUUCAUGGGUGCUUCAGUUGUUUCAUUGGCAUUAGCCAAUGGAAUCCCUAUCCUUUGCUUAAUGUUGAACAAAAGAAGAAAGAUUAAGGGUGCAGCGUUCAGGCUACGAGCAUUCGGAUGGAUUGUCAACGGAAUCUCUGUAUUCUGGGUAUUCCUACUGUUCUUCAUUCUUUGCAUGCCACCAGUUGUUAAAGACAUAUCGUGGUAUAAUAUGAACUACGCCUUUGCUGUUCUCGUAUGUUUGGCUUCGUUGGCAGCUAUUGGCUACAAGACAUGGGGAAGCAAGGUUUUCACUGGCCCUGUGAUUGACACAGAAUAUUUCGAGCUUGAAUCGAUGAGAAAACCAGGAAGCUCGCAGAAUUUCGUUAUUGAGGAUAUCGAGGAAGAAGAUAUAGGCAAAAAUGAGCUGGCCUCAUAUGAAUCACAUUCAGCAGACUCAGGGAUGAUGAAACAAUCCGACCUGAAGAGCUCAGAAACAGCGAACAAAGAUUUCGUUAUAGACGGUGUUGAGGAGGAUCAAAAGAAUUACUUUUCGAUAUUUCUCGGACCGAACACUAAUAGAUACAUAGAUUUUAACAUUACGUUGCGUACGCAUCUUAGCGAUAUAUCUAAGACUAGUUAUAGACUUACAAAAACCAUGUCUGCUGAUCACACGAGAGAUCCAUGCCCGAUCGUUAUCGUAAGCGAUUUCGGAGGUGCCUUCGCCAUGGGUGCAUUCGGUGGCUUGAUCUGGCACGGAAUCAAGGGUUUCCGUAACUCGCCAUACGGCGAAAGAGCAUACGGUGCAUUCACUGCCAGUAGGACCAGAGCUCCUGUUGUUGGUGGUAACUUCGGUGUUUGGGGUGGUCUUUUCUCGACUUUUGACUGUGCUGUCAAGGGUGCCAGAAAGAAGGAAGAUGCAUGGAACGCCAUCAUCGCUGGUUUCUUUACCGGUGGUGCUUUGGCCAUCAGAGGUGGCUGGAAGGCCACCAGAAACUCUGCCAUCACCUGUGCCUGUUUCUUGGGUAUUAUCGAGGGUGCUGGUAUGAUGUUGCAGAGAGCUAUGGCUCAGCCAAAUAUGGCGCCUGUUUACGGCGAGGAGCCCAUGGCUGCUUGA